CUCUCGUUCAAUUCAUCAGUCUUUCACAAUGGUUCUCCCGGCUUGCAAUCUGCUCAGAGGCAAAACUGCCGCUAUCACCGGUGGCACCACCGGCAUCGGUCGCGCCAUUGUGUUGGCCUACAUCACGCAAGGAUGUAAUGUUGCUGUCAACCACUUGGGGCUUGCUCAGGAUGAAGUCCAUCGCCACAGUCUGCUCGAGGAGGUCAAAGCAAUUCAACAGAAGGGAGUUGAGGCAGGCAAGAUCCUGGAGAUCCCCGGCGAUGUGACCGCGCCCGAGACCAGUAUCGACUUAAUAAAAGAGGCUGUAUCGCAAUGGGGCAAGUUGGAUAUAUUUGUCGCCAACGCAGGUGUCUUCAAGCAAGCCGAAUUUCUCAAAAUCGAACCAUCCCUUCUCAACCACAGCCUCGACGUCAACAUCAAAGGCUGUUUCUACUCCUGUCAAGCCGCCGCUCGCCAGAUGGUUCGACAAGGCCACGGCGGUUCCAUAAUCGGCAUAUCCUCAGUCAGCGCACUGGUCGGGGGAGGCUUCCAAACCCACUACACGCCCACCAAAGCCGCCGUCCUCUCCAUGAUGCAGUCUAUGGCAAUUGCGCUCGGCAAAGAUCAAAUCCGAUGCAAUGCGCUGAUGCCUGGUACUAUUGCCACGCAGCUGGCCGAUCAUGAUAUGAAGAAUCCUACGAAGAAGGCUGCCCUCGAGGCGCGCAUUCCUCUCGGUCGCAUCGGUCGUCCGGAGGAUAUGGCAGGACCGGCUGUGUUUUUGGCCUGUGAGGAGAUGAGUCAGUAUGUGAAUGCGACGGGGUUGUUGGCGGAUGGAGGGAUGUUCAGUAAUUUGCAAUAGUGUUUCUUUGGUUGUACGGAGUCGCUUGGU